UCAAUAUAUCUCAAUCCGAUAGAUCUGGUGUUACAGAAAUUUGUGGUGGGAGAUCAAUGUAAAGAGAUGAUUGGCGACUGUCAGUCAGUAGCCAACUUCACUUAAGAUCAUUUGGCGGGAAAAUAACCACGUGCUAUUUGUGCCGUUGUGUUGAUACUUCACGGAAGCUAUCAACAUGCUUGAAGAUUAUCUUUUAAAGCACCACACGAAUGAUUUGGAAAAUAUAUUAAAUGCUGCUGAGAAAUAUACGGUUUAUUCAAUAUACGUUAACUUUGUAUCAUUAUUUGAAGCCGAAGCAGAAAGUGCACAAAAAAUCUUACGUCAUCCUAGACAUCAUCUGCCACUAUGUGAUGAAGCAGCUGUAAAAGCUCAGGAACAACUAUGCAAAACUGGACAAACAGUAAAGACUAGGGUUCAUAUUCGAAUUACUACAGUACCAAUCAAACUCGAUACUGGUCAAAUAGGUGAGCUAGUUUCAACAUCUGGAAUUAUAGUACGCAUGUCCCAACCAUCAGUUAUGAAAAUGAAGAAACGUUUUAUAUGUAAAAAAUGCAAACAUAUUAAUAUAGUCAAUUUAGAAUGGGAAAGACAAUUGUUUAGAAGUGUCAAACAUUGUGAAGCAUGUCGUUCUGAAAAUUUAAAAGCUUCAAAAUCUUUAGAACAAGAUGAUUGUUCUGAUUAUCAAGAACUAAAGAUUCAAGAUAAAUGUAAAACAGAUGCAAGAAGUUGCUAUUCAAUGGGGCUGCAAGUAGUUUUGUUGGAUGAUCUUGUUGACAAAUGUAGACCUGGAGAUAAUGUAGACAUCAGUGGAGUAGUUAUACGAAAGUGGGGUAAACUAAAGGUUGGAGAACGCGCAGAAGCUACAACAUUCCUGAUGGCGAACAGUAUUUCUGUACGCAAAAAAAUCACAGAAGCAACAUUUUCUACAGGAGAAAUAAAAGAAACUUUUACGGCAUAUUGGCAACAUUAUCAAAAUGACGCGUUAUCUGGUAGAGACAAUAUUCUUGCCUCUAUUUGUCCUCAGUUAUAUGGGAUGUAUAUUGCAAAAUUAGCAUUAGCUGUUGUUUUAUGUGGCGGUGUAGCAAAAACUAAUGAAACAGGAACGCGUGUGAGAGGUGAGCCUCAUCUUCUUCUGGUCGGAGAUCCUGGUACUGGUAAAUCACAAUUGCUUCGCGUUGCAUCUCGACUAAUUACACGGUCAAUCUUUACAACCGGUAUUGGAAGUACUGCCGCUGGGCUUACAGCAGCUGCUGUUAAAGACUCGGAUGGUUGGCAUUUAGAAGCCGGGGCUUUAGUGCUUGCAGAUGGAGGCGUGUGUUGUGUGGAUGAAUUCACAACAAUGAGUUCACACGACAGAGCCUCUGUACACGAAGCAAUGGAACAGCAAACGAUCUCCAUCGCCAAAGCUGGCAUGGUUAGCACAUUAAACAGUCGUUGCUCCGUUAUUGCAGCCAUCAAUCCAGACGGUGGAUGUUUCAAGGGCGAAGAAUGGAAAACCUGCUUAGAGGGUCCUCUUUUGUCGCGCUUUGAUCUGAUCCUUCUUCUGAGAGAUACUAGAAAUCUCGAAUGGGACAGGAUGACAGCAAGUCACAUUUUAAAGGCUGCUUGUGAAGACGAAGAAAAUUCAUAUUCCGAAACAUACAUGGGUCCAUCAAAUUUAACGGGUCUAUGGUCAGAAGAAACUCUUUGCGAAUAUUUUGCACACGUGCGCGCGCUAAAACCAGAGCUAACCGAAGAGGCAAAGAAAAUACUCAGUGCAACUUAUCUUUAUCACAGAUCAGAUCCGUAUAGAAGAUCUGAGAGAACAACAGUGCGACUUUUAGAUAGUCUUAUCAGAUUAGCUGAAGGUCAUGCAAAACUCAUGUAUCGAACUAAAGUAGAAAUUAUUGAUGCUGUGACUGCAGCGGAAUUAAUUGGCACUACCUUAUCAAAUGAUUCUGAUGUCGGUUGUCCAUUUCCAACAAAUCCAAUAGCAACAUAUCAUUUAAAAGCAAAAGAAUUACUCAAAAAGCUUAAUUUACAGGAACUAGAAUCAUAUAUAUAGGUAUUAACUUGUCAUAUCACAAUCGAAAAACAAAGUUAUAAAGUUUUUUUUAUUCAAUAAGAUAUUUUUAAGAAUCUAUUAAGCUUUAUAAUCUUUA